AUGGUUGGCGUCCGUGGGCAAUGCUGGGCUGUGCCGAGCGGUGCCAAUGAUGGUAAGUAUCUUCUCAUGAGCUCGGCCACGCUGGUGGAAGCCGUAUACAUCGCUUUCAUGCGGGAACCGCGCAACAGGUAUGUGCGGCGGUCUUUGUCGAACGGGGUCAGCAACUACUUGCUCUUCCGCCAGGAGACGCCCGACGACGUGCUGAUAUACCUGAAGGAGCUGAACAAUGCCUUUCACCGCGGAGCUGGAACGUCUUUCCUCGAGACGAUGGACCGCGUCGGCGACGCGGACAAGUCGUGGAAGAUCUACGCCAGGGAGAAGCGCAUCACGUCAAGAAGUUGCCCGUCCACGGGUCCUGAUACAUAUUUGCAACAAUGCUGGAAGCACGUAUCCAAACAGUUCCCAGGGGUGUGGAAGAACAACUUCAGCUUCACGAAUUCGAAGGUUAUCGUCAGUGGGCUGGAUCGCUUCAAAAUGGGGAAACAAUUCCUGGAAGCCAUGUGUUCGUGUGUGAACUUUUGCCACCCGAGCAUGAACACUGAGAAGAUUCUGGCCUCCAUUCGGGACGUGCUUGCAGAGAUCACUAAGACUUUCAGUGAGACUAUCCCCGAGUUUCAUUUGAUUAUCAUCUUGACCGAGGCCUUCAAGUUUUGCGUGCCCAAGGAUCUCGACGACGAGGAUCAACCAGACAUGGCGGUUGAGACCAUCGGCACCAAGAUUGACUUGGCGGCCGAGGCGUUUGCAUGCUCUGACGAGGAGGAAGGGGCGACUGGGGCAACUGGGUCGGCGGGGGCGCAGGUGAAGGCGCCACAAAGCCGCGAGAAGAAGUUCUUGGACGAGCUUCACAGCGCCGUUGUCGCAGUGGUUCGCAAGGUUCCCGACGAGAAGCUCAGUGUGGAGACCCUCCGCGAUUGCUACAGGAACGGCAUGCACUUCGCGGCGAAGUCGAAAGUUAUCAACGAGCAAUUGUUUUCCGACUGCGAGACCUGGACUGCGCUGCGAAGCACGAUCCGUAGAGUCAUGAGGCGGCAUCACGGUCACGUGCUUGACUUGCUCUCCCCAGUCGACGUGGAGGCGGCGGGAGCAUCGUCGCAGGGCAGCGGCAACCGCGGCGAUGUUGACGUCGACAUCGACCUGAAGGACCUGAACGUGCCUGAUGGUAAGGACCUGCUCAUCAUGCACUACAGAGCCAAGUUCACGGAGUCCGUGUCAAAGGAGGAGGUCAAGGCAGCCGUGCGCAGCUUCGUGGACUCGUGUGACCUAGACCUGCCUGUGGAUCUCCGGGGCUACUUCGUUCAGUGGUCCCAGAGGGUGCUCAAGGUCAUCAAGCCGAAGCUCGACGUCACGACCAAGCGCCUAGACAUCUCUGCCCUGAUUGAGUGCUGCGCGACCGCUUUCAAGAAUGACGGUGGCGUCUUCCUGCAUUUGGAGGGGCUGAUGCAGCUCUGCGAAUGCGCCGAGGAGGAGGAGGUGACCACGGUGACCACAGUGCCAGACUAUGCGAUACCAGAAAUUUGGGGAAAUGAUCAGCGAUACCUCGACGCCGUCAGUAACUUCCGUGCCACCAUGAUGAUCGCUGGGCUACCCAAGUUCGCCUCCUUCGUGAGCCAGCACGACUCUCACCUGCUGUCCAAGAUGUCGGGCGAUGCCAACCUUGCAGAGCUCAUCAGCAACGUCGAUGUGUGGCUGCAUUGGUCGAGCGAGUCAGAUUCGGCAAGCUGGUCGAGUUUCUGGCAGGCGCUCCUCCGCUGUCCCGACAUCAAGAAGGCACAGCAGUUUGCAGAUGAACGGGCCAAAAGGAUGCUAUCGGAGUUGGGUGCCAGGGCGACGCAGCUCCACACCGAGGCCAUUGCUGCAGCCAAGGAGAAGAAGCUAGCCGAGGUGAGAGCGGCAAAGGCCCAGGAGGAGACGAGCGUCGUCGCGGUGGGAGAUGGCGACAAGUCGGAGCCAUCUCAGAAGAGGCAGAAGACUGACCAGCACGUUUCCGUGGCAUCUAUCCACGCAGAGUUCGCCCAGGCUGUCCUCCAGCAGCUCCCGCAGGGCGAGGACCCGCACGCGCAGUUCAUGCCGACUUACAUCAUGCUAGCGCUGAGCAAAGCUGAGUCGAGCCUCAUGACUGCGGCGAUCUGCGGCCCCUUUGCGGAUCAAGCGUGGGACUGCCUCUACACGGAGCACUCGAAGGUUGCCGCUGGGGAUGCGCACUUGUUCGCGUCGCCGCCCAAGAAGACCAUUCGCUUGACCUUCGCGGGGAAGUUGUCCCUCCUACCGGCGGUGGGAUCCAUCCAUGUCGGCACUCUGUUCAACGUGAACAUGUACCUCCGCCCUCCUGCCCUGAGAGUCCUCGCAGGCACGUUCUUCAUGCCAGCGUGGCUGGUCAGGACUUGCAAACUCAAUGGAGACGGCUUUCCCUUGGAGACACCGACUUGCGAGGUGCACGAGAAGAAGAUCAGCGUCGAGUUCGAAGUUCCUGGGUUUCUGGGCGCUCCUGGGAAGUUGGUGAAGUUCGACAUCAAGCACUUUUACGUCGUGCUGAAACCAGAGUUCGCCUCGGAGGUGGAGGCUGGCAGCGUGGAGAUGAUCCGCGCGCCCAUGAAGGCUGAGUUGUGCGAGGUCUCGGAUGCGUGGGCGAAGUCGCUCGUCGCGAAAGCCAGGGAGCGCAAGCCAGCGCCCAAGGCGAAGGCCUCCAAGCCGUCCCACACCGAC